ACGUUUGCGACGUUUGUCUUUUGGCAGCCCUUUUUGGAGAGGGAAGAAAAGUUGCCGUAGGAAAAAAGUAAAGACCAACAGCAGCAACAGCAGCGCGCAGCACGGACGGCCAAGAGAAAAGUCGAAAACGAUACAAAACGGCGAGCAGAAGGUGAAAAAAGCAACACCAGCCCAAAGUUUCCAGCGACGGCAACUAGCAGAAUGACGCUGCCGAGCAGUGCCAGGGUGUACGCGGAUGUAAAUUCGCAUAAACCACGUGAAUAUUGGGACUACGAGAACUACAUCGUCGAUUGGGUGAACCAGGAUGACUACCAGCUAGUGCGGAAAUUGGGCCGGGGCAAGUAUAGCGAGGUGUUCGAGGCGAUCAAAAUGACGAGCAACGAGAAGUGCGUGGUGAAAAUUCUGAAGCCGGUCAAGAAGAAAAAGAUCAAACGCGAAAUCAAGAUUCUCGAGAAUCUCCGGGGCGGCACCAACAUCAUCACGCUGCUGGCGGUGGUGAAGGAUCCGGUCUCCCGCACGCCGGCACUCAUCUUCGAGCAUGUGAACAAUACCGACUUCAAGCAGCUCUACCAAACGCUCAGCGAUUACGACAUUCGGUACUAUCUGUACGAGCUGCUGAAGGCGCUCGACUACUGCCACAGCCUGGGCAUCAUGCACCGUGACGUGAAGCCACACAACGUAAUGAUCGACCAUGAGAAUCGCAAGCUGCGCCUGAUCGACUGGGGCUUGGCCGAGUUCUACCAUCCGGGCCAGGAGUACAACGUGCGGGUCGCGAGCCGCUACUUCAAGGGUCCGGAGCUGCUGGUCGACUACCAGAUGUACGACUACUCGCUCGAUAUGUGGUCGCUCGGCUGCAUGCUCGCGUCCAUGAUCUUCCGCAAGGAGCCGUUCUUCCACGGACACGACAACUAUGAUCAGCUCGUGCGCAUCGCGAAGGUGCUCGGCACCGAGGACCUGUUCGCCUAUCUGGACAAAUACAACAUUGAGCUAGAUCCGCGCUUCAACGACAUUCUGUCGCGCCACUCGCGCAAACGAUGGGAGCGCUUUGUGCACUCGGAAAACCAGCAUCUGGUGUCGCCGGAAGGGCUCGACUUUCUCGACAAGCUGCUGCGCUACGAUCACUUCGAGCGUUUGACCGCGCGGGAGGCCAUGGAGCAUCCAUACUUUGCCAUCAUCGUCAACGGGCAGAUGCCGCCACCGCCGACCUCGUCCGCCAAGGGCGGCACCAACUAAAUAAGCGCCCUGCCCUCCUCCGUCAUGUCCGUCUUUAGUGUAGCGCCCUUCCGUCACAGCGCACCAUCGUCACCGGCAGCGCAACAUCGUGAGCGUUUCCACCGCUGUUGGCAACAAGACCCCGGAUGGUACGGUAGCAGACGGUUCGCACCAUUUGUGAUGUCCACCCUUCCUUGCCCCACGCUCGGUGGAUCGCGUUUGGCACGAAUGCUGGUAGGCGGAUGUGGCGCGUACAUUUCGCUGGUUACCUUGACCCACCGGCGAACAGUGGGUGGAAUUUGGCCGAAGGAGAGACGGUUAUGACCGAGCGCCGGGGAGGUGUCGAGCGAAAAUGAAGAGUAAGUAGCGCGCUUAAAACACGAGUAACGUAUGAGAGAAUGUGUGACGGUUGUGUGCGCAUGUUGGACACGUUUUCCAAUUAGAGGCGUUUCCGGUGCGCACACAGAUUCGCAAUUCGUAAGAGAGAAAAAUCGGCAUAUUGAUGAUAAAACAAAAGGAAAAGGAUUUAAACAAAACAAAAAAAUCUGGUAGAGGAAGGGAGAAUAGCCCUGAAUGUUUAAGAAGGGAAUAUUUUAGAAUAGAUUCUCAAAUGCUAAACAGGAGAAUUUAACAUUGUAGCAGAAGAAAAAGAAACAUAAACAGUUGUGGGAUAGUUGCAAAAGCGAACGGAGAGCGAUGGUUAGCAAAAAAAAAAGCGAGCAACACGCGGGGAAGAUUGGAACGCAAACAAAUAAGUAACCUUUCAUGCAUUUCCCCUUUAAACCCAGCUCCUCCAACUCAAUCAGGAAACCUAAGGAUGGCGCGUAUAGUAUCGAUAAUUAGCAAAGCAAGCAUUUCAAGGCUAAAACGCUAACCCUUGGAAAAGGAGAUUCUAGUGGCAUUAGUAAACGAACGACACGAAACUGUUUUGUUUCGUUGAUGAUAGCAUCUUCCAAGCAGAAACCCGUUCCGAUAGAUCGGGCCCAAAAAAAUUGCGAUAGGUUAACAUCAGGAAAGACCACCGAACCCCGCUAGAGGACAAACUUUCAUGUAGGGGACACAGAACUGGAAUCGUAAAUAACAACAUUUUGCAAGGGGUAGGAAUCGAUUAUGAGCUACAACAGCACCCAGCAUACAGAUAAGAAUAUAAGCAGCGAAUUAAUUCGACCACGUUCGUUUGAAAUUGAGUUUAUCCACGCCUACCACAUUUUCCCGUACGCUAAUCUUUGUUCGUGUUAACGAAUGCUGAACAACAAGUAGGCCAUUUUGUUUUAAUUCAUAUUUGAAGGCACGGUUGCCAGGCAUAUAGGAUAUGGCGCGCUAUACAUUCGAACGACAGGAUAACGCAGGCAAACGUAGCAAAAUGGAAUAUACCCCAUCCGGGCAGCGACAACGGUCGAAUGGCAUUAGACAAUUGAAAACUUCUUUAGCAAACCGCGCUCUCGUUUCCGCGCCUUUCCCUGGUUCUAGUUCUGUGAUGCGUGAGCGUAUCGGACACUAAUUAUUGCUAUCGAUCGGUCGGUAUGGUAGACCGAAUGCUAACAGUGUUAUUGACAAGGAAGGGAUGAAGAAAAAAAAACGACAGAAAAGCGCGGAAGAUACAAAGUUGUGAAGCGAACCCUGUUUUUUUGUUUUCGUAGUAGAUGGGUAGUAGUGUGCAGUUCUUGGUUUAGUAUCGCUAGAAGGUCGUUACAUCUUCACAUAAACACAAGGCUUUACAUUUGUUUCCCGGUUGUAACACUGACAAGCAACAAGCGAUAGUGUGACUAGCUAAAUCUAUUGUUUUCCUUCCAUGUUUCGCAUUUUGAUGGUUAAUUUUUCUGCAAGGAGAAAGAUUUUCUUACGGUCACUAUAAUUUCUUUGCCGCAUAGUGUCUUUCUGUGUUCUGUAGAUUGCUAUGCGUAUAACAUUUCUUAGUUUCGUUCGUUAUCAAACGCUGUGCUGGUGUGCAGGAAGAGGCGAUUUAUCAUCAUCGUUAUCAUCUUGUUCGAUAUGUUUUUCAUAUUCAUGUUUUACAAUAUCAUUUGCAUAUUUUUUCUUCUUCUCUACUCUUCUUUAACUAAUUUGAAUCGAUUUUUUGGAAACAUAAUCAACUUACGCUAGCCUUUUCUCGUUUAUCUAGGGUUUGCGACUCCCCGCAUUCUAUCUGCGCACCUUUGUUUUUCGCUCGUCUUCUUAUCUUUACUUUCUGAAAUGGAAACAAGUUAUAAGAACAGAUUUAAACAACAACAACAACAAAAAAAAACGCUAGGAUUACAACAGUGGUGAAAAGCAGCAAAAAAACGAACGAUUGCUGAGAAACACGAAAAGAAAUACAAGUAGAAUAUAUCUUCUCGCCUGCUGAGGAAGAAGGAUUCGCUACGAAAGCCUUCCCUACAAGCUAAUGCAGGAUAAUCGCCUUUAUGUACUGUUGGCAGGACUUUUCUGUUUCUUUCGUUAUGAUUGUGUAGUUUAAACUAUCCGCGGCUACAAAUACAUCUAUACAAAUGUACAUUGUGCCACCUUCUCCCCAGUUUGAAAUGCAGUUCAAACGCGAAUUCAGCUCGGAUUAUUACUCACCAACCGAGUAAGGAAUUUCCACCCCGUGGAGAGCGAAAUGGUGGCAUCGAACCGGAAGCGGACGGGCAACCCCAAUAGUGAAUUGAUGUCGGACGGAGCAACCCUUAGUGGAGCAUAAUAAUUAGUAGAUGUACGUGAACAUGAGUAUAUGUUAAAGCAAAUGCGUUUAUCCCUGCUGCGCUACCAACAACAACACAUUCACUCAUCCCCGAAUUUCUCGUCCUCGGUUUAGUUUAGAAACGCGCGACGAGACUAGAAGAAGUUAUGAACUUUUGUUUUCUAAACAGCUAUUAUUUUAAAACAAAUUAUAAUCCCCGGGCGUAGUUUGGUAGGUAGAAGUCGUCGUUAGCGUUCGAGAUAAAAGCUAAAUAACCGUUAGAGUAUAUGUUUGAUUAAAUAUUUCAAUUUCUCCCUUCUGGAUUAUGGUUAUAUCCCUCUCCACAUUAUCAACCAACUAUGGAUAAAUAAUAAAGAUGAAUCUUUGGAAGGAGAUACGAUCAUCUUA